CCUACAGUACAGUAGUAUUCUUUCAGAAAAUCUGGUUGGCACCCCAUUUUGCUCCUACUGACACGCUUCUGCAAAUCCAAUUCUGCAAAUCCAUUCUCCAUCAGCGAUUCCCGACCUGCGGUGGUAUCAUGCGUAACACCGCAUGUGUUGCCGAAAACAAAAACAAUGAAGACAAAAUGUCUAAUAACCCGGAACUAUUCGCGAAAAGCUCUCCGCUCUUUCGAUCUUCGAACGAGACAGACUACGAUGUAGUUAUCGUGGGCGCAGGGGUUGCAGGUUGUUCUGCAGCGUAUCAUUUGCUUGCACAGAAAUUAGGAGAGGAAUCAUCCGCGUCGGGCCUGCGAGUGUUAAUUGUCGACGCUGGUCCCCAAGCUGGGGAAGGUUUGGCUCCCCGCACACGGAGCGGGACAGCCACAAUGGGAGUGGCUCCUUGCGUCAAAAUGAUGGUCCAACUUUUCGCGGGCAGUUGCGACGACUUUGUUCGACACCACGGCCGAGAAGGCGCCAGGCGAUAUCUUGAUGCUACCAGGGAAGGAUUGGUUCUCCAGAAAGAUAUCGCUGGUAGAUUGUGGGUUGCAGAAAAAGAUUUCAAAAAGAACGUCAAAGAACUUGGGUCGUAUUACGUAGGAAGCACCGAACGCGACGAAAUCGAACUCCAGAGAGAAUUUGAAAUUCUAUCUUCCCUCAUGGAUAAUGACGACGGCAUCGAAUGGUGCGACGGCGAUCGCUUGUCUUCUGUGGAAGGGAUGAGUGAGGAUUUCCGAUGUGGGAUCUACUUUCCAAAAGAUGCAGUAAUCGAUUCCUCUUUGUAUGCAAAAGUUUUGAUAGAGUACGUUUUGAAGAAAAGUAAAGGAAAUGCCGAAUUUUGGCCGAAUACAACGGUUCAGUCAAUCGAUCGGCAAACUAGCGGCGAAGCAGUUUCUUUAAAAGUAAGCGACGGUCGGUGCCAAACAAUCAAUGCAAAAAAAGUUGUCGUCGCUACAGGAGCGAUUCGGUUGUUCCAUGAGCAACAUGGGUGCUUGAACGGAUUGAUAAAACCCUGUUAUUCCUAUCUGGUACAUGUUCCCACUGCCGUGCCUCCAGGUGUUGGUGCUCACAGCGAGAAUUAUUGCUCCCCGAACUUUUUCACGUGGGGGUACACUCACGACUGGUGUUACACAAAUGGGAAGAUUCGCAUCAGUGGUGAAGACCAUUUUAGUGCAUACAAAUCUCCCAAAGAGGAGGAACGUUGCAACCGACUCUCUCGAUGGACACUCGAACGAUACCGAUGCAAUGAUUUAUAUACGGACGAAGAGGUGUCAUCGUUUCCCAGACAGCAUGGAUUGUAUUCCGAGACUGUCGACAUGGUACCAAUUGUAGGAUCACUUUUGACAGAGGGAAACAUAUGUUAUCUCCUUGGAUGCAAUGCUUGGGGACAGACUAUACUAUCUUACUGCGCUUCCCUGGUCCCGGGUCUGCUGGGCUUCCAAGGACUAACGGAAUCCCAGCGAGAUAUUUUGAACUUGGUAUCAGUCCGGAGAUUUUCACACUUGCCUUCAAACUAAUCGCAGCAACGAUAAACAUUUUAAGCUGCUGUGGCACAAAAUUCUUACCAUAUUUCUUUAUGGGAGAAACAAUACAAGAAAGUGACAACAAGAGCAUUUAUUUUAGAAGAUGAAGAACUAAAGCAAGUUCUAUGUUGAGAUUGAAUAGUUCCAAUGGUCACCUAAAUAUGGGAGCAGGGUCAUGCAGUGCUACUUUCUGCCUACGAAGCCACUUUUGACUGUCGAUCACUUAAAAAAUUCAAAAUCUCUGGGUUUUGAAGAGAUUUCCUCGCUAACACUUUUCGGUAUGUGCACCCACCAGUACAUCCCCCUCCCCCUUUUAAAGGAUUUUUUUACUUUAGGUGAGCAAGACGUAUGGACUACGGACCGUCACCAGUCACGUUCGAGCACCCCAUUGGAAGUAGUAAAAAAUCUGGCACAAUUUACAAUAUCACGAAUCAACCUACCGCUUCCUU